AUGGACGAUGGCCGAGAAAUAAACGAAGAAAUAACAGUCAAGAAAAUUAUAUCAAAACUCAAUCAGCGAGCACCAAAACAGUUCGAUCUCUUAACCAGAAACCGUCAUAAAAUCGGACAAACAGCUGGCUCCGUGCCAACACGAAAUCUUUUGGAUCGAAUUACGUUCGAAAGUGAAAAUUUAAAAGGGAGUCACAGUGAAAACUCUUCUAGAAGGAACAGCGAUGAUGGUGGACGAGCUAAGAAGGAAAAGUGCAUAUAUGACGGACUCCCAGAUGGUACCAGCUCAGAGCCACCAACAGCUGGCAUAGCUAACUACAACGCAUGGAACGACGUAGCCAGUUCAUCUUCAACUACUAGAACGGAGCUCAGUACGUCUGAUGAAGCUGUUAACGAUCACAUACGAACGCGUCGCCAAAGCCACGACUCCGCUCUACCCAGCACCCCAACCGACCGAUCAGCUUGGAGAUCUACAGAUAGUCUCGCUCCAGAUUCAGCUUUUGGAACAUCUCUGGCAGAUAUAAUGGAGAGUCCCGCUAACAAGAUACAUCUACGAGAAGACUUAAGAUCUAGAGACAGUUCAGAAGAACGGAGAGCUAGAAUGAGUUGGAGGUUAGUGAGAAACGUCACGUCUGCGGCUGGGGCUUUCAAUAAACGAGAAACGCUCGCCUUACCUGGUACGCCGUUACCCAAUUUUCAGUCAACAUCGAACAGUCAAAACUCAAAUUACCCAGAAGAAAGAAAACCUUCUGUUCCAAACUCCGUACCGAAUACUUCUGCGCACAACUCAACUGCGCACAGCUCUGCGCGUGAUUCGUUUACCCAAAACCCUUCUGAACCAAAUAAUAAUAAUGAAAAGGAUAAUAUCGGUGAAACGAGUGCAGAGGGCUUAGAUCCCGAUUCACUCAUGUUCCGAGAUGGUAGGCGUCGCAUAGAUAUGGUUCUGGCGUACGAGGAAGAGGACUUCGGGGUGAUGACCGAAGCAGAAGCCAAGAAGAGAGAUCACAGGAGAACUUUUCAAGAAAAUUUAGUAAAGGAAGGGCUGGAAUUAGAAUUAGAAAACAAAUGCCUAUCCUUCGACGGGAAGACUUGGUUCCUUAAGAUCCACAUACCCUGGAAGACUGAAAUGAGGCUGGCCGAAGUGAUUGGAAUGAAAUUACCGACGAAGAGAUUCAUCACCAUUUCGGUUAGAGCGUGGAGCGACGAAGCACAAGCCGAAAGAGACAAAACAUGGUACACAAAAUGGCGAAGAAAAUGGAAGGACCUCUACGAAUAUGAGCACACGAGAAUCGAACCGGAACCCUCGUUUUACACGUCCACUGAAAAGCAAGGUGUGAAGAGGGAAGAACAAUUUUUAGUAAAAGACAGAUACACGCAGUUCUCGCCCGCGCAACGCAGUUACCUCGUUAUGCAAAUACUCCUCAGAGUUCGUUACGACAACAAUGAGAUUAAGAUGGGUAUCCGUAGGUUACUAAAUGACGGAACCUACUUGGCUUGUUUUCCUCUACACGAAGGCAGAUAUGACUUGGAUAUGGAAGACAAGAUGCAGACGGAUCGAAGGUUACUAUACUUAGAGUGGGCACGUCCUUGCAAAUGGUAUAAAAAGCAACCGCUUUGGCUUAUCAGACGAUACUUCGGCGAGAAAAUCGCGUUAUAUUUCUGUUGGCUCGGCUUUUAUACGAAGAUGUUGUACGCGCCGGCGAUCGUCGGUACCUUGUGCUUUUUAUACGGCCUGGCCAGCAUGAACUCCAGCGAUAACAUUCCCAGCAAAGAAAUAUGUGAUAUAACCGGUCCAGGGAACACGACACUGUGCCCGCUCUGCGACAAGGCCUGCCAGUACCAAAGCCUCUCCGACUCUUGUCUCUUUGCCAAGCUGACGUACUUAUUCGACAAUCCAGCGACCGUGUUCUUUGCAAUAUUUAUGUCGUUUUGGGCAACAACGUUUCUUGAACUUUGGAAAAGGAAACAAUCGAUUUUGCGAUGGGAGUGGGAUUUAGGGGGCGUUGAUCAAGAUGAAGAUCCACGUCCAGAAUUCGAGACUUCAGUGAAGACAUUCCGAACUAACCCAGUCACCAGGGAAAAGGAACCCUACCUCCCCGCCUGGCAGAAGACCAUGAGAUAUGUCGCGACAAGUUCAGCUGUUCUGUUUAUGAUAACCAUAGUGAUGGGAGCGGUGCUGGGUACGAUCAUAUAUAGAAUAUCCAUGGUAUCAGUAAUCUACGGUGGCAGCGGUUUCUUUUUAAAGAGGCACGCGAAAAUAUUCACCGCCAUGACAGCGGCGCUGAUCAACUUGAUCAUCAUUAUGAUUCUCACUCGGAUCUACUCUAAAGUAGCAGUUUAUUUAACAAAUGUGGAGAAUCCGAGAACACAGACGGAGUACGAGGACUCGUACACGUUUAAAAUAUUCUUCUUCGAAUUUAUUAACUUCUAUUCUUCCUUGAUUUACAUCGCCUUUUUUAAGGGUCGCUUCUUCGACUAUCCAGGUGAUGAUCAAGCGAGGAAGUCUGAGUUUUUCAAACUCAAGGGCGACAUAUGCGAUCCAGCCGGAUGUCUCUCUGAGCUCUGCAUCCAACUCGCGAUCAUCAUGAUUGGGAAACAGUGUUUCAAUAACUUCGUCGAACUGGGUUACCCCAAGUUCCACAACUGGUGGCGGCGGCGCUCGCACCGCGCCGUGACGCGCGACCGCAGCAAGCCGCACAUGGCGUGGGAGCAGGACUACCACCUGCAGGACCCCGGCCGCCUCGCGCUCUUCGACGAGUACCUCGAGAUGAUCCUGCAAUACGGUUUCGUAACGCUAUUCGUAGCUGCCUUCCCCCUCGCCCCACUCUUCGCGCUGUUAAACAACAUCGCGGAGAUCAGACUCGAUGCCUACAAGAUGGUCACUCAGGCGAGACGGCCUCUCGCGGAACGGGUCGAGGACAUUGGCGCUUGGUACGGAAUCUUACGCGGUAUAACGUACGCGGCUGUUGUUUCAAACGCUUUUGUGAUAGCGUACACUAGCGAUUUCAUACCACGUAUGGUAUACAAGUACGUUUAUUCCCCUGACAACACGUUGGCUGGUUACAUUGACCAUUCUUUGUCAUUAUUCAACACAUCCGAUUAUCGUGAAGAGUGGGGCGCUGAUGAGAACGAAGUUGACCCCCCCGUGUGCGCAUACCGGGGCUACCGCAACCCCCCACACCACGCCGACCCCUACGGCCUCUCACCACACUACUGGCACGUAUUCGCCGCGAGAUUAGCUUUUGUAGUCGUCUUUGAGCACGUGGUAUUCGGUCUGACGGGCUUGAUGCAGCUGUUCAUUCCUGACGUACCCACGGAACUGAAGAUACAAAUGCAAAGGGAGACCCUAUUGGCCAAGGAAGCUAAAUACGAGCACGGCAGGCGACGCCUAUCCACCGAGUACAGACAGCUCAUCAGCCAAAAUAACGAAAAUAACGGUUAACAGUUGCUCCUCUUCCCAGCGGACUCGAGAGCUGGCAGCCUGCCACCUCGCUGGCAUCGCCGCACUUCUCGCGCCUCUGACGCCCUUGAUGCGCACGUACCUCUCACACCAACUACUUAAACAUUUAUAA